AUGACUUCAGAAGACCGUCACCAGCCCCUCACCCCAGGGCGCGAGUUCUGGAUCAACACUCCUCAUCGCAUUCCUUUCUGCAUUUUCUACGACGAGAACGACGAUAAGGGUUCUAUCGUCGCUACCAUGCAGUCAAGUGGCUGCAUUUCCACCGCCCGCUUCGAUUUACCUCUCUGCCCUAGUGUCGAUCCCCAGUACUCUGUGCGACACCGCAAAGAUUGCGUAUGCUUGAUUAAUGGUUUGCAGGGACAGUUGAACCCUCCCUCGGAGUUCGAGACGCACCGUCGAAGGUUGCUAGCUGCCGGCCGAACCGAUUUGAGCGGAAGUUAUGCGGUAUUAUUGGCGCUGUGGAUUGGCAUCGACGUCGGUGAGUGGGAUGAGGGGCUCACGAUGGGAGGAGGCCAGGAGGCGGAAGAGGAGAAGAAAGGUGAGUGA